AUGAGCUCUUCCUCUUCCUCCUCACGGUCACAUACAGGGAGACAAACAACUGGGAUACCCACACGUUGUUGGUGUGGAGCUAAUCUGACUACAUUCGGCGCGCAAACAAAGGAGAAUCUUUUCCGCAGGUUCUAUCGCUGCGAGAUUGGGCUUAAGAGAAAAACCGAGCACCACUUGUUUAAGUGGGUGGACGAAGCCAUUGUAGACGAGAUCAACAUGGUAGAUGCAAAGCACUCCCAACUGAAGGAAGAUGUCGACUCUUACAAGAUUUACACAUCCAAACGUUUGGAAAUCCAGGCCAAACACAUCGAACAAACACUCCAUCAGCUCAAAAUUCUAAUGGAUGCCAAGACCGACAGCUGUUGCACUCAGGACAGCCCUGCUUUUACCACAGAAUCUACUCUUGCCUCCCCAACUGUGGCCGCUACUGCGUACAACCCAUUGACCAACAUUGCAGUCGCAGCCAUUGCACUGGGAACAAUGGCAUGGAUCUACGCUAGGUUGACCAACUAG